AUGAACGACGAGGACGUCCUAGAGAGGAUGGAUGAAGCCGGCGGGACGAGAGUGAAGCUGAAGACGAACGAGACGAGUGAGGACGUGGUCAUAGAGCAGAUAGGACAGGAAGCACAGCAAGCCCGAGCACAAAUGGCCACGUACAGAAUGGAACCAGCAAGAAGAAACGCCGACCGAGUGGAACCCGCGAGAGCACAACGUCGUGUACCUCCGGAAGCGCCCGGCAGGGAUACAGCCAGAGAACGAGAGCAACGACGUCGGCGACUCAGAGCGGAAUUGCGAAACGCACAGCAGGAACGGGAUGACCUCCGUUUCAUGCUACAGGAGCUGGAAAAACUGCCCACAUGCCCGGAACGCCGGUGCAGCCGCAUGGACGUACGACCAUCCGAGCAAGGAAUCAUACGCUGUGUCCUGCGACGUAGUCCAACAGCACUAUAG